ACAGUUCAAACACUGAUCGCAAAUCAUUAAAAACAAAAAAAAACCAAAAAAAAUGGCAUUCAAAUUCGCUGUUGCUGCCCUCGCUCUGGUUGCUGUUGUGAGCCUAAGCACUGCUGCUCCAAACUGCGGAUGCGGCGGACGUCAGGCUUACUCCCUUCCAUCUUUGACCCUUGGUGGAGGAUGCAAUCUUCCAUUCAAGGCGCCUUCUUCCUACCAGUGCCAUGAACCAGCUCCCUCUGUCAGCCACAAACCCGACGUCCAUCUCCCCAUCCCAGUCCCAGCCAGGAUCCCAUUGGGCAACUACUGCUCAUGCCAAAAAUACAGCGCCAGGCCCACAUUGGUGCCAUGCGCUCGUGGAUCCGCUUCCUCCCAAGCUGCCGCUCCAGGCACAACUGUAACCAUCACUGAAGCUGAUGCUGCUCCAGCUCCAGCCUCCAACGUAGUCUACUCUGUUGCCGCUCCAGCUGCUUGCUCAUCUUCCGUCUCUUACGUACAAGCUCAAGCACCUUCCGUCUCUUAUGUGCAAGCUGCAGCACCUUCCGUCUCUUACGUGCAAGCCCCAGCAUCUCCCGUCUCAUACGUGCAAGCUCCAGCUGCUUCAUCUUCCGUCUCUUACGUGCAAGCUCCAGCUGCUGCCGCUGCUCCAGCUUCCUCUGUCAACACUCUGGCCAAUUUGCGCAGUCUUUUGUCCAGCAUCCCACAGGCCUCUGCUCCAGCAGCCGCCCCAGCAUCUUGCUAUUGCGCCUAAGACGGGACGAUAAAGUUCUACCCGAUUAAAUUGAAAUAAAUUGGUUUUUUCAUCUUAC